AUGGAAUUACGUGCUAUUGAUCCGCAAACAUUACCAACCUACACAUUUAUUCAAGCUUAUGCAGAUUAUGUUAGCACUGGAUGUAAUCCAGUGUUGGAAACUUGUUCUUGUAAUGGUAGUUGUGCUACAAAAAAAUAUCCAUGCAAGGCAGCUAUAGUUCCAUGUGGUACAAAGUGUUAUCUCGCUAAAAAGAAAAUUUGUACAAAUGUAUAGAUCUAAAAUCGUUGAUAAAAUCCAUGAUUCCCAAUGUUACCUCUAGUUGAUUAAUAAAUUCGUUGUUUGCCUUUGUAGAUCAUCAUUUGUAUUCACGUUUAUUUUAUUUUCCAUUACAGAAGAAAUUCAAAUGGUUGUGCCAUAUAAGUUUCUAAUAGACUUUAAAAUUCUAGUAGAGUAGAAAUUAACAUUUUAAUUUCUACUAGUCGAAUUUUAAAUUCUACUGCGACAUAUACAGACAAACAAUAAAAAGAAAUAAAAGAACCUAAUAACAUCUUUUUCAGACCAGAGACUGUCACAGGGCAGGGCAACACUUUUUUGCCCUUAUUCAAAAAAUCUUAAAGAGAAUCUGAUUAAAAUUCAGUAUUUUUAUUAGAAAACCGAUUAAAGUAACAAUAUUUUUAUUGAAUUUUGACCUAAUUAUUUGAUGUUCAAUCGAUUAAACUUUUUUACUAGAUCUGCACUUUUGUAUUCCAUUCAGAUUUUUUUUCUAGUACCUUUUUCAAGAAUUUUCCAUAUUAGAAGGCUUUUUUGCUCAGCUCAAGAAGUGUAUGUGGAUUAAAAAAGUUUAACCAAGGAAUCCAAUUAAAUGUUGCCUCUCAAUCUGAAGAGAAGACUUUAUUCAGCUCUGUUGAAAAAUAGCCGUCUUCAAUUUAGUAUCCACGAUAAAUAAAAAAUCAUUUUAUAUUAGAAGUUCGUUCACAGGAAAGCAACAAUGGCAAAAUAGAAACUAAUUUGAUUCCUGAUUUUGUUUUCAAAAAUUCUGGAAUUUGUUUAGAUUUUUUAAUGUCGAGCUGGGUUUUUGAGUAACAGAUAAUUGUUUUACAAUUAAAGUCACUUUACUCCUAUUAAACAAUUUGUUUUAGUAAAAAAAGUUAGUGUUCUGCAGUAUCUAGUUUUUAAAAACGCCUACCAAAGAUAAAAGGCUAAAGUUCAGAUUUAAAUUGAUCGGUUUUGGAUUAAAAAUGAAUUGUAGUAGCACUACUUAAACCAAAGUUGUCAGCUAAUAGACAGAUCUCAUUCGAUUUAAAAUCAUUUUUCAUCUAUUAUAAUCGAUCAUUAAAAAUAAAGCAAUUAUAAAUGAUUAUUAGAAAUCUAUUUCAAUUGAUUAAAGUUGGGUGUGGGUGUGGGUGAAUGUUUCUAUCACGAUCCACGCCAACACCCACACCCACACCUUACGAAGAUCACCACAUUGACGACUAAUUUGUCAAGAACUCGUUAAAAAAAGUCUUAUGAGUCGAAAAAUUUCUAAAAAAUUAAGUUGACACAACAUAUAUAUUUCCUGAAAAUUUCAGCCAAAUAAGUGCACGAAUAACGAAAAGCGAUUCUUGAGGGGGAAGCCUCUUAAUAGUUUAUCUUGAAGAAUUAUAAAUAUCUAAAUCCAAAUCAACAGUUAAAAUCAAAUCAAUGAUAAUUCAUGAAUCAUUAGCCAGGACAAAUAGUUAAAUAUAUGCAUAUUCAACUAUUUCUAAGUUCAUAUUGUUAAUGGUUGUCCAAGUUUCUAUGAAGAGAAAGGAAAAACCAAUAAUUUUUCGUACUUAUGGCUCAUGUCACAAAAAUCUUGUUUCCUCUAAAGUUUAAUUUCAACUGUCUUUACAAUUAUAUUAGAUAUAUCAAAACAUCGAUAAUUAGAUUUAUAUAUAGGGUGUGGG